UGCAUGUAAGGGGCGUACACCAAGGAAGUACUUAAAAUAAACAAGAUGGUGUUUCCAAGAAAGGGUGUGCUGGUGGCUCUAGUAACUACAGUGGUUCUAGUUCUCAUCGGGUUCCCACUAUGGAUAGCCUCUCUGUUUGGUCUGAUGGGGUUUCUGGGCACGGGUGGACUCCAGUACUGCAAGCUUUUUAUACGAACCUUCCCCGUGGAUCUCUGGAUGGGAAAGAAUUUACUAGCGAUGAUGAAAAAGUCAAACCGUGUAAAAAAAGAAAAUUUGUACGUUUCCGACUUAUUCCAAGAAACAGCUGCCAAAUAUCCCAACAAAGUGGCCAUAUAUUUCGAGGAUCGUACUAUAACCUUUCGUGAACUGGACGUACUCUCAAACAAGAUAGCCCAUCAUUUCCUGGCUCAGGGUUUUCAACGUGGCGACGCUGUUGCUAUGUGCAUGGAAAAUUGUCUCGAGUACAUUCCCGUUUUUCUAGGGCUAUCGAAGAUCGGAGCGGUGGCUGCUUUGAUCAAUUACAACCUUCGACAAGAGUCUCUCACUCAUUGCAUCAAAAUAUCCUCGUGUCGUGGUCUAGUGUUUAAUAGCUCUCUGGGGGGAGCUGUGAAGGAGGUUUGGGAGGACCUGGAUCCAGGGGUACGAGACCACGCCUACUCUGUCGGUGGUGAUGCUGGAAUAGGCGGAGUCUCACAACUAGAGGGACUACUGGAGAGUGUGUCAGCUAGUAACCCUCCCCCAGUGCAUGGGAAAAGCUCUGAUGACAAUGUGUGCUAUAUCUACACGUCCGGGACCACUGGAAUGCCCAAGGCUUGUGUAAUGAAGCAUGACAGGUACUGUACCCUUCCUGAUGGAGUGACAGAGUUUGCUGGUGUUACGGCUGAUGAUAUCGUCUAUUGCACUCUCCCUCUCUACCACUCCAAUGGAGGCAUGUUAGCCACUGGACAGAUGCUCUUUGUGGGUGCCAGCUUUGCUCUCAGGAAGAAGUUCUCAGCCAGCAACUUCUGGACUGACUGCAUCAAAUACAAGUGCACGGUUUUCUUCUACAUUGGAGAAAUUUGUCGCUACAUUUUGGCCCAGCCCAAGAGGCCUACGGACACACAACAUUGCAUUCGGCUGAUAGUUGGGAACGGAUUACGCUACGAAGUAUGGAAGGACUUUAUCGAGCGAUUCAAGAUUCCUCAAGUAGCCGAGUUGUACGGCUCGACCGAAGGCAACGUUGGACUGAUGAACUCUCUCAAUAAAAUCGGAGCUUGUGGUAGAAUAUCUGUCAUCCUGCCAUUUAUCAACCCAGUUGCAUUCGUCAAGGUGGACGAAAAUGGAGGCUAUAUUCGAGACAGUAACGGAUUUUGUGUGCCUGCCGCUGUGAACGAGCCCGGGGAGUGUAUGGGGGUCAUUAAAAAGAGUCAAGCAAGGUUUAAAUUUCACGGCUACACGGACAAAUCGUCCACUUCCAAGAAAGUCAUGAACAACGUGUUUCGCACUGGGGACUCGUACUUCAGGUCAGGUGACAUCCUACGAAUGGACGAGGAGGGUUUUGUGUAUUUCUGUGAUCGCACCGGAGACACGUUUCGUUGGAAGGGAGAGAACGUAUCCACGGCAGAAGUGGAGGCUACGAUGGCUCAUAUUCUUGAGUUGACGGAUGUGGUGGUGUACGAUGUUGAGGUGCCUGGUAACGAGGGGCGUGCUGGAAUGGCUGCCAUUGUGGGGACUCGGGACACUGUGGACCUGUCAACACUCCCUCGCCAACUCUCUCUCUCCCUGCCCCCCUAUGCUGUGCCUAUCUUUGUGAGGCUAAUAGAGGCGGCUGAGCUCACUGGGACUUUCAAACUGCGUAAGGUCAAGCUGAGGAACGAGGGUUUUGAUCGAACAGAGGUGACUGACCCACUGUACAUGUUGAGGGGGUCUUCGUACGUCCCUCUAACAGAGGAGCUCCACGAGCAACUCCUCCAGGGAACAAUCAGAGUGUGAAACAAUGGACUCAUGCAUUAGCUGUUAGUAGGGGACUCUAUAGAAGGAAAGAAUUGGUUGAAUCAUUAGUGCGUGCAUAUGUCAUGAAUUACUUAAUUCUUGGCAGAAUUAUUAGUAUUGUUAUUAUUGGUGUGCUACACGGAAUCAUGUGACUUUUUGUUAUUAUUGGUAUCGUAAAGAUUUUCAUGAUAAUUAUCAUGUGACAUAAUUAAUUAUUAAUAUUG